GAAACUUCUCCUCGCAGACGACGCGACGACCCAGAAUCGAGAGGGCACGGGCGAGGGGAGAGCAUCCGCCGUGCCAGGAGAUCCGAGGGGAAGCAACCUGAGGGGAGAGAGUUCGUAGGUGGUGAAGGCGGGGUCAAAGCAAGCAGGGGAGUGGGGAGAAGAGAGAGAAGAAGGGGAAGAGGCGAUAAUGAUGGGGGAUGGGGUUGGAGCGCUCGUAUGGCACGGUAUUUCCUUCCCCUCGUCCCUCCCCUUCCCUCCCCUUUCCCUUCCACCCAUCCCGCCCUCCCUCUUCGCCUUUCGACCCUCCUCUCCCUCCCUCCCUCUCUCUCUCUCUCUCUCUCUCUUAUUCCCUCUUCUUUUAUUUCCCCUUUGCCACUUCUAUCAUUUUCUUUCUCUGCUUCUUUACCAUUCUUUCUUUCCCUUUCUCUCUCUGCCUCCCUUUUCCCCCUUUUUCUUCUCCCUUUGCCUCCUUUUCUCUCUUCCUCUUUCUCCCCUUCCUCCUUCCGUCCUUCGGUGAUGUAUGGCGGGGGUCGGGCGGAGGUCUGGCCAGAAUGGGCGGGUGGGCGAAGGGGCGGAGCCUGGCAUGGGUGGCGGCAGCGGGCAGACAGGCGGCGGGCGUGACGACGAAGGGUGGAGAAGGGCUAGGGCGGGGGUGGGGGGUGGGGGGGCGCGAGGGGCGUAGGGCACCGGUAGAGGGCACGAGACGCCCCCUCCACCUGCCUAAUAUAGGCUCCAUAUUUGAUAUUGGUUGCGGUGCGGGCGGGGAGGGGACGGGAGGGCGUGGUGGGAGCCGGCGAAGGGUAUAUAGCAGGGUGGAGAGGCAGUGAACCGGUGUCCGUUCCCGUGUGUUGUGUGUGUGUGAUCAGCGCCGCAGACAGACAGACAUGUCCCGCAAGUCAGGCUCUCGCUCCUCCUCCAAGAGGUCCAAGAAAUCCGGAGGAGGAAGCAAUGUGUUCGACAUGUUCACGCAGCGGCAGGUGGCCGAGUUCAAGGAGGGCUUCCAGCUGAUGGACCGUGACAAGGACGGCGUCAUCGGCAAGACCGACCUGCGCGGAACCUUCGACGAGAUCGGCCGCAUUGCCACAGACCAGGAGCUCGACGAGAUGCUGGCCGACGCGCCGGCGCCCAUCAACUUCACCAUGCUGCUCAACAUGUUCGCGGAGCGGCAGACGGGCGAGAGCGACGACGACGACGUGGUGGCGAAGGCCUUCCUGGCGUUCGCCGACGAGGGCGGCAACAUCGACUGCGACACCUUCCGCCACGCCCUCAUGACCUGGGGCGACAAGUUCUCCUCGCAGGAAGCCGACGACGCUCUCGACCAGAUGGACAUCGAUGACGCAGGCAAGAUCGACGUGCAGAGCGUCAUCCAGAUGCUCACUGCCGGCGGCGGAGACGACGCGGCCGCCGAGGAGGCCUAGAGUGGAAGUCCCUUUGAAAGUCCUUGAGAUCCUUUCUCACCUUCUUCCCUUCCUCAGAGUCCCUCCGUCCUCACCCCGCCCCCCAGCCCCUACCCCCCUCCUCCUCGGCAACUCGCCUCCCUUCACACGCAAGGCACGCACCCACACACACGCCCUCACGCACGCUCACGCCUUCGUCCGCACGUUCCCGGUCCUCCCUUCACAAGCCCGCCCUUCCGCCCACCCUAAGGUUGUACGUCACUGCCAGUGGGGCGUGCUUCGUCCUGAGACUCCCCGCCCCGCCCCGCCCCUCCCUCCCUCCUGCUCCCUCCCUUCUCCUUCUGGUGCUGUGACUGUUGCCGACGAAAUGAUCGCUGCUCGGUGGCAACCCGGGGAAAGGAACGGAAAAACAAAAAGAAUGAAUACGGAGAGAAGAAACAGGAGAGAGCGAGGAAAUGCGAAAUGGAGAGAUACCAAAACAAAGAAAAGGAAAAGACAAGCGAUAAACGAAGGCAUAUUCUAUAGUGAUCUACGAUAUAUUUAUUGUUGGAAUUAAUCGUACUUAAAUAAAGUAUAAGUUGGAUAAAGAGUU